AAAAGGCUAUUUCCGGCUCAAAUUUCCUUACGGAGGCUCUUUGAGUUGAACUUUUUUGGGGGAAAACGACCCGUGCCAAAGAACUAGGCCGCACAACUGUAACCGCUGCCCCGGUCGCCGCCGCUCCUUCUCGAGCCGGCCGGCGGAGAGCGCAGCGCGGCAGGGCCGGCGGCAUGGCUGUGUCCUGGAGGAACUGGCUGGCCAACGAAGGGGUUAAACACCUCUGCCUGUUUAUCUGGCUCUCCCUGAAUGUUUUGCUUUUCUGGAAAGCCUUCCUGCUGUAUAACCAAGGGCCAGAGUAUCACUACCUCCACCAGAUGUUAGGGCUAGGAUUGUGUCUAAGCAGAGCCUCCGCAUCUGUUCUUAACCUCAACUGCAGCCUUAUCCUUUUACCCGUGUGCCGGACGCUCCUGGCUUACCUACGAGGAUCCCAGAAGGUUCCAAGCAGGAGAACCAGAAGAUUGUUGGAUAAAAGCAGAACAUUCCAUAUAACCUGUGGUGUGACUAUAUGUAUUUUUUCAGGUGUGCACGUGGCUGCCCAUCUGGUGAAUGCCCUCAACUUCUCAGUGAACUACAGUGAGGAUUUCACGGAACUAAAUGCAGCAAGAUACCGAGAUGAGGAUCCUAGAAAACUUCUCUUCACAACUGUUCCUGGCCUCACAGGGGUGGGCAUGGUGUUGGUGCUCUUCCUGAUGAUUACAGCUUCUACGUAUGCAAUACGAGUUUCCAACUAUGACAUCUUCUGGUAUACUCAUAAUCUCUUCUUUGUCUUCUACAUGCUGCUGAUGUUGCAUGUUUCAGGAGGGCUGCUGAAGUAUCAAGCUAAUUUAGAUACCCACCCUCCUGGCUGCAUCAAUCCUAAUGGAACCCACUACCAGCAUGUUUACUUACCAGACCAUGACUCGGAACAUUUUCAUGAAUCUUUCCCUGGAGGACCUUCAAAACCAGAUGAACUUACCCAAAACAGAUCCGUGAACAUUUGUAUGGAAGAGCCUAGGUUUCAAGCUAAUUUUCCACAGACUUGGCUUUGGAUUUCUGGACCUUUGUGCCUGUAUUGUGCUGAAAGACUUUACAGGUGUAUCCGGAGCAAUAAACCAGUAACCAUCAUCUCAGUCAUAAGUCAUCCCUCAGAUGUCAUGGAAAUCCGAAUGAUCAAAGAAAAUUUUAAAGCAAGACCUGGCCAGUAUAUUAUUCUACAUUGUCCCAGUGUGUCUGCAUUAGAAAACCAUCCAUUUACCCUUACAAUGUGUCCUACUGAAACCAAAGCAACAUUUGGGGUCCACCUUAAAAUAGUAGGAGACUGGACAGAACGGUUUCGAGAUUUACUACUUCCAUCAUCUAAUCAAGACUCCGAGAUUCUGCCCUUCAUUCAAUCUAGAAAGUAUCCCAAGCUAUACAUUGAUGGUCCAUUUGGAAGUCCAUUUGAGGAAUCGCUGAACUACGAGGUUAGCCUCUGUGUGGCUGGAGGCAUUGGAGUAACUCCAUUUGCAUCAAUACUCAACACCCUGCUGGAUGACUGGAAACCAUACAAGCUUAGAAGAUUAUAUUUUAUUUGGGUGUGCAGAAACAUCCAAUCCUUCCGUUGGUUUGCAGACUUACUCUGUGUGUUACAUAACAAGUUUUGGCAAGAAAACAGACCUGACUAUGUCAACAUCCAGCUGUACCUCAGUCAAACAGAUGGGAUACAGAAGAUAAUUGGAGAAAAAUAUCAAGCACUGAAUUCAAGACUUUUUAUUGGACGGCCUCGGUGGAAACUUCUGUUUGAUGAAAUAGCAAAAUGUAACAGAGGGAAAACUGUUGGUGUUUUCUGCUGUGGACCCAAUUCAAUUUCUAAGACUCUUCAUAAACUGAGUAACCAAAACAACCCAUAUGGGACAAGAUUUGAAUACAAUAAAGAAUCUUUCAGCUGAAAGCCUUUGAGAGGAACCAGGAUUCUGAACAAGGAAUGAGUGCAAUUUCUAAGACUUUGAAGCUCAGCUGAAUCAAGUAGCUGUGUCAUGCCAAAGAGUAGCAAGGUUUUCUUAUUUAUGAUUAUUUAAAAUGGAAAUGCAGAGGAUGUGGCAAGAUGACAGGUCACAUUACAUGUUUAAUCUGGAAACCAAAGAGGCCCUGAAGAAUAGUUGCUGUGAUGAUUCACUUUUCAGUGCUCAAAUGAAAACAAAACUAUUAGAUGCACACUGUUGAUUUUUAUGGCAGAUUCAAGAACUCCCUAGUGAGGUGCCUCACUUGCUCACUGUGAGGCUGAUAGCCUUGGUCCUCUUUGAAUUGUUUUUGGUUGAACAAAUGCAAGAUUGAAUGAAAUUAAAAAUGCAUUGAAACUCAGAUUACAUUUUCUACGUGAGUAUAAACAGAGUAGUUUUGAUUUAGGAAAGCUCCAGACAAAUGUAGUAGAUGUUUGAAAAUACAGCACAGAACUGUGUAUUAAUACGGGUACUUUGUGUCUCCUCUUCCUCACUACUGACACUAAUACCUCUAUUUGAUGUCUGUGGCCUUAAUGCUGAAUGAACUUUGGUAGAUGUUGAUAGAGUAUCUAUUUUUAUAUUUUUCUUUCUUCUUUUUUCCUCUGUCUAUGGAAAUCUGCCCUCCUUUGCAUGCAUUAGACACAAUGAUUUAAUAGGUUCUUUUCAUCUGCAAUUUAUUUAAUCUAUUACUGUUGCAUAGUAAUGAGGAAAAUAUCAUUACUGUAAAUCAUAAAGGAAUAUAUAGACUAAUAACUUUUACCAUUGCUCAGCAUUUUGGCCUCUGUUAUUUUUAUUUACUUUUUUCCCCAGCAUAGAUUGUCUUAUUUUUCACCUCUGAAGAUACUUUGUAUAAUUUGCACUUUUAGACCGAAGAGCACUGUGUUUCUCAGUGAUCACUGAGAUAUAAGAUAUCUCUCUUUUGCCACAUAUUGGUUUAUACUGGAGACAUUGAAAGUGCAGUCACAUUCCUGAACUACAAGAGGAAAUACUUCAUUAAUUAUUUGAAUUUAAGUUCAGAAUCAGGCAUAUUAUUUGUUGCACCAUCUGGUAUUCUGGGUCUUGAUGGGAAAUUAUCGAGUUUAAAGUAACUCAUUGGGACGAUACUGCAUAACCCUAUGCUCACUGGCCAUUAUAUUCUUGGUUCAGAGGAAAACUCCACUUCCCUACUUUAAGAAUUAAGUCAUUUUUUGCAGUUUAGUGAUUUUGUUUUGUAGACAUCUAUCAAUUGCUAUCAAAGAGAGCACAUUGCUGAAAUAAGCAGAAUGACUUAUCUUGUCUUUGUUGAAAUUUUGCAUGGUUUCACAGAACAUGAUAGAUGCUACUGUCAUUUUUUGCUCUGAUUCACCAAUAGCAAUCAAGCAUGAUAAACCAUCUAGCAUUGAAUGCCCAUGAACAUAUUACUUAUAGAUAUUUCUUCCUUCCCUUGGAAUUCUUUCUUCUUCCUUCUGUGGAAGGAAGGCGAGUCAGAAAAAGAUAUGGGAAAUGUGCAAUGUUCCUACAGAUUUAGCUCUGAAGGCAUAUUUGAUAACCAGUACAUCUUGGCAACAUUUUCUAAACUAAAAAGAAUUUUCAUAAAAACACAUAACAGAAAGAACAAGUAAAAAGAAAUUUGAGUUAGUACAGGCUUGAUGUGCAAUACUGACUCUUUGCUGAUCAUAGUUUAUUGAUGUGAUUAUACUAAUACCCCUAAUUUCAGUAGAAGAGGUGGAAGACUUUUUCAGAAAAGGAAACAUCUUUCUUGGUAGGUCUGCUAUUCUAGAUGAACAGCCCUGUCUCUGAAAUUCUAGUUGAUGUUCAAACAUGAAAUGUUAAAUACAGGUCAUCUUUGCUUCUAUGGGUAGUAAUAAAAUUAGGUUUUCAUCAUGCAUGUAGAAUAGAGUUUUGUUUUGUUUUGAGGGAUUUUUUUUUCCUCUGGGGCUAUGUCUUGCCCUACAGGUCUUAAAACAGUCAUGUCAGUGGCAAUAAAUGUUAAAAUCGAAAGGGUAUCAUGAGAUCUCUAUAAGCAUGCUUUACCUUUGCAACAAAUAAAGCAGGCAGUGUUUUUUCACAAGAUGAGGCAAGUUGAAGAAACAUCAUCUAUUUGCAUCUACACUAGCAUGAGAGCCUUAGGGGUUUGAGUUCUACAGCUGUGGAUGUCACUGGCCCAUGGUGUAACUGUGGCAAAUUGCUCCCACUUUGGGAUUAAGAUUUUUUGUUUGGACUAGAUUAGUAGUUAUUAAUCUUUUCUGGGUAAUGUAUCUUUUUGAGAACCUGAUUAAAAGUGAAUAUAAUGACAUUAAUGCAAAAUAUUACAUACAAUUUUGGGGAGCCCACAAUCUCCCCAAUUCAAGAACCCAAAGCAAGGACCCCAAUUUAAGAACCUCUGAACAAAAUAAUCCAUCACUCUAGACCUUUCUACAUAUACAUUUUUUUAAAGAUUUUAUUUAUUUAUUUGAGAGAGAGAGAGCCCAUGAGAGGGGGGAGGGUCAGA